AAAUAUACCAAUAUAUUCAGAUCGAAGUUUCUUCUACUUUAAUUCUUUUGGUUUUAUAUUCGAGAUUUACAGGUCUCUCUCGUUUUCCCUGUUUCUGUGCGUUAAACGAUGGAAAAGGAAGAUAACGGUUCAAAACAGAGCUCUUCAUCGAGAAGACGAAGAAGAGCGGUUGAGCCAGUGGAAGCGACGUUAAAGAGAUGGGUGAAGGAUGAAGAUGAAGAAGGGUUGGAGAAGGUUCGUAGGGUUCAAGCAAAAGGUUCGAGGAAAGGUUGUAUGAGAGGCAAAGGCGGACCAGAGAAUCCGGUUUGCCGGUUUAGAGGCGUUCGACAAAGGGUUUGGGGUAAAUGGGUCGCUGAGAUACGUGAACCAGUGAGCCACCGUGACGUAAACUCGAGCCGUAGCAAGCGUCUUUGGCUAGGAACGUUCGAUACUGCAGCCGAAGCCGCCUUGGCUUACGACAGAGCUGCUAGUGCCAUGUAUGGACGCUACGCACGGCUAAACUUCCCUGAAGAUCUUGGAAACGGACCAGGUAGAGAAGAUAUGAAGAAGAACGAUGAGACAGAAAGUUCUACAAGCUAUUACGGUAAUGCCAUGAUUGGAAUGAAAGACCAGAAGAACGACAAUGGUAUUGAGUUUGGCCAAGACAAGACUGAGAAUCUUGAUCCUCUUGUGUAUGAGAAUUCAGCAGUUAAAUCAGAAGGAGAUUACAGCUUUGAUCAGUUCGAGUUGGAUAAUGGAUUGUUGUACAAUGAAUCCAGUUAUUACCAGGGAGCUGGAUUCGAUUCGUAUUUAGAGUAUUCUAGGUUCUAGCUAGGGUUCUAAUGCUGCAUCGAUUAUACUAAAAGAC